CGAUAGGCCUCCUCGCAGCGCAAGUUCCGUGAGCAAUGAGCUGGCAGACGUACGUCGACACCAACCUCGUCGGGACCGGCACGGUCACCGCCGCCGGGAUCUACGACCUCCAAGGCAACCCCUGGGCCUACUCGGCGGGCUUCGCGGCCCAGGUUGCCGAGGUUGCCGCCGUCUCUGGGCACUUCGCCGCCCCAUCCGGGCUCGCUGCGACGGGCGCGACGGUCGCAGGCGUCAAGUACAUGUUCGUGCGCGGGGAGGAGAACGCCGAUAUCUACGUCAAGAAGGGUGCGGAGGGCGUCGUCUUUUACAGGUGCAACACCUGCAUCAUCGUCGGUUACCACAACGACAAGAUCCAGCCCGGCCAGUGCUCGGCGACUGUCGCGAAGCUGGGCGACUUUCUCAAGGAGAGCGGCAUCUGAGCCACCGGCACGGAGCAGCCCCGGGGGGCGGCGGCGGGACCUAGGGUGUCUCGGUAGCGUUUAGGGGGGGGGUGGGGGCGGGGUUGCUGGGGCCGCGCAGUGGGUUUGCGGGGCGCGGGUCGGGGAGCGGCAGGGCGUUGCCGAGCGGGAGGCGAUUGCAUCGCCGACCGGUGGCCCUCGCGCCUCGUCUCACGUUUUCCCCUGCAGGCCCUGCGCCAUGUGUACUCCCCCCCUCGCCCGCCCCCUCAUCCCGCUCUAUGGGUGUCUCUCCUUGGGUGGUGGCCGGGGGGCGGGAAGUGGUGGUCACGAAGGGCCGAGAGGGGCGCGACCGCGUGCGCCUCUCGCGAUCGCACGCAGCGCGGCUCUCGGUUUUGAGUGAUCAGCGCAGCCCUGCAGAGAGUUUACUACAGAGGAGCUUUAGAUUU